AUGCAUCCGAUGCCAUCCUUGACACAUCGUCCACAGUCCACGCCCGGCAAGCCGCACACCCCGUCUUCCAUGCUCCAACAUCAUCCCAGCUCAACCAGAUUGCCGCAUACGUCUAGCGAUGCUUCCGCGCCUUUCAAGCGCUUCAAGAUGGUUGGUGAUGGCUUCGAGGCCCCCUACCUACUACCGGGCCCAAGCAACCGCAUUCUGCUCUCACUCAAAUCUGGACUCCCCUCGCAGAUUGACUGGGCCUUGUCGCGUCUCACGUCGCUCACGUCCGGCCAUCGCGACCAGGCGGCUCGCGAUUUCACGCUCGACAGCGUACCAGGCUUGACAGAGGCCUUGCUUUCGUACGUCAGAAGGAUACACGCCGCUCUCACAGGCCAACACCCAUCCAAGUGGGCCGCUUGCUACUUUGAGCAACCUGUUGACUGUCCAGAUGUUGGCAUCGGCGCUCCUGGCGAUGGAGGUCAUCAGGGACUGUCGACCUCUCGACAGCUAUACAUCAAGCAACUCCAGUAUGUUUCGAUCAUGCACAUGGAGUCGAAGAGCGUGCCGAGCACAGCUUCCGACGAUGGCGCCGAUGCAUCGCAUGCCGUAUUGAUGCGCAGGGCACUCGAGGCAGCCUUGUCUCUGCGUAAUCUCACUAUGCAUGGUUCCAAUGCGCGCAGCCUCGCUUCUACGAAGGGGAUCUUCGGAUUGAUUCGCGACGUGUUGCGGCUGCCAGUCACUGCGAUGCAAACGCGCAAACACACAGAGAUUGCAUCCGAAUCGCAACACGAGGACGGUUGGUUCGAAGUCGAAGGCAUUGCAGAGCUGCGUCUCUACUUUCUCGACAUCCUCGAAACACUUGCAGCAAGGGUCUCUCUCACAAAACGAGCUGCCGCUGUGGAUUCGACGGUAAAAGGGCUCACCCUCAUCAAUGGGAAGAGGGACGCAGCUGACAAGGCGGAAGGAGCGAAGCACGAAGCAGCUUUGCUGGGCGACGACAUCUUUGAGACCCUGCUCUCCCUGGCGCUUCGGUCCAACGACCGUGCCAUGCUUUUGGGGUCACUACGAUGCCUUACUACAGUGGCAGCUAACGAGCGCAACGAGGUCGCCUUCACCGAGGUCACGUUGGCCAACGGACAACAAUCGCCUGGUCUGCUGCAUCGCUGCGUCGAGUUGCUCCCCCUGACCCAAGACACCGAACUGCUUGACGCUGCUCUCGACCUGCUGUACCAGCUGAUCUGUAUCGGCAACAAUGCCAUCAAGAUUGCCGCUUCACUUGACCCAGAGACGCGCAGAGCCUCAUCGCCAUCAUCGAGACGGGCAAGCGGCCUCAACACAAAGACGUAUCCCUCCAAGUCCACCCAUGCCACUGCUAAGACUGCUGCCCUGGUUCGCUUGCUCUGUCGCAAUCUGCAGCUAGGCCGCACCAUGUGGGAGCGUCUGGUCCCACUCAGAGUGCCAAACGCAUGGCUCUCGAGCAUUCCCAGCCGUCACAUCGAGACAAUGCGCAAGAGGCGUGAGCUUCAGAUCAGGAUCGCCAAUGAAACACCUCAAGAGCGCGCCAGGCGCAAGAAGCUGACGCCGCAAGAAAGUCAGAGCCUGCUCGGACUAAAGGAGCCAGAGCGUGGGAUCGCGUGGAUGAAGAUGGUUUUCCAACUCGAUCAGACGCAAGAGAUCACUCAGAUGGAGUUCUGGACCGCCUACAAGGAAGAGUUCGGGCAGCAGACCGACGUGCCCCUACAGCCCGCAGCCGAGCUUAUCCGCGCCGUCAGCCAGGUGUUCCCGCAUGCCGCAGCAAUGGUGGUGCCACCGCAGGAUGGCAAACCGCAGCGCUUCGUCAUUCGAGGCAUUACGGUCAAGGAGAGGGACACCGAGCUGCUCGAGCCAUUCCGUUGCCAUUGGUCGACAUGUUCAGCUCCGCAGACAAACACGCUUGAGUCGCAACGAAGUCACGCCAAGCUGCAUGCCGAGUAUGCAUCGGAUGGUCGCUGCCGAUGGAGGAGGUGCGACUUUGACGCGAAGAGCUCUGACGCUGCAAUCGAGGCUGUCGAUGCAAAGCGAGCACUAACUGCCCACGUGCUGACGCACAUCAAAUCGGACGGUACAGAGGCAGUGCCAGCAAAGCCGAGCAAACGUCCAGAGAUUAUCGUCGACGAUGACCUUCGUGUUGUCUCCGGAGCAGCACACACCGGAGAAGCUGCGCAGCUCACCACUGCCAGGCUCAACGGUGCGCGCAUUUUGCGUGGGAAGCGAGACUCGGACGGUGUCGAGACCACCUUCACGCUGGCAAAGGCUGCGGUCCAAAGCAAGGCUCAGGCAAACGGAGCUGUCAACGGACAUGUUGCGAAGGCCAAUACGGUCCCUUCGAACGGCACCAUUGACAAUCCGGGCUCGUACAUUCUCGACGUGACGCGGACACCCACCGUCGGCAACGAGGAAAACUUAUCGCCGCAAGGACCUGCGUAUACCUCCAUCUUGAUUUUGCGUAUGCUGGCAAGGCGAGCGGCGUCGUUGCUGCAAAAGGCUGGAUCGAAACGACGCGAGCAGAGCGAGGACGACGAGGACGCUGCUGCCAUUCGCGGUGAAGGCGACGAAAAGUUCGGUCUACCGCUGCCUGCCAAUUUUGGCUCGUCUGACCGCAGCAAGCGGCCCGAGAAUGGCAGUGACAAUGUAACAGCCAAUGGACUUGAGGCAGGCGGCAUGUCUGCGUUGGGCAACGAGGAGGAGGACUACGAAACCACCGAGGCUUGGGCAGUGGAAGCAGCGACGCGUCUGUUGGACGCAGUGGAAGGUGUGGAAGAGGAGCUGAUGCAACACUCGUCGCAAAACGAUAUCUUGUCGUCGUACAUCAACGACACGCUAGUCGAGCUCCGCAGGCGCCCGAGUGAUGAUCGGGCAGGCUCGUCGCAGGGUCGCAUAGAUCCGCAGCUAGUGUAA